UACAGGAAGGUUUGGAUCUCACUGUGCACUGCUCCCAGGCUCUGCUUCCCUAUUUUUCCCCAGCUGUGUCCUGCCUUCCUGCCUCCUCCAGCGCUGUUCAUUGCUGUGGGCUACCGAGACAACAGGAAGUUCAAGCGAUUUGAGCCCAGAGUAUGGUGGGUAGACCAAGCAGAAGGAGCUGGAGCACUGGGGACCCACAGGAGCACAGACAGAAUUUCCAAACCUGCCUUCAGAACCUGUUCGAACACUACAACCCAAGUCCGCUGGCCCGUGUACUGAGGCCCAUGUAUUCUUACUGGCUCAAGCUGUUGGCGAGCACCAUAGUUCUGGUCCCAACACAGGCUAGCUCGCACUCGCUGCAGUAUUUCUUCACCGCUGUGUCCCGGCCCGGCCUCGGGGAGCCCCGGUUCAUCGCCGUCGGCUACGUGGACGACACGGAGUUCGUGCGCUACGACAGCGACGCGGAGACUCCGAGGUUGGAGCCGCGGGCGCUGUGGGUGGAGCAGGAGGGGCCGGAGUAUUGGGAGACUGAGACGUGGAAAGCCAGGAACACAGGAAAGCACUUCAAGCUGAAUCUCCAGACCCUGCGUGGCUACUACAAUCAGAGUGACGACGAACCUCACACUCUGCAGUGGAUGUAUGGCUGUGACAUGGGUCCCGAUGGGCGCCUGCUCCGUGGGUACUGUCAGGAGGCCUACGAUGGCCGGGACUAUAUCUCCCUGAAUGAGGACCUAAAAUCCUGGACCACAACUGACGCGGCCUCUCAGAUCUCUAAACUCAAGUCAGAGGAUGUGAACGAGGCCGACCACCAGAGAGCAUACCUGCAGGGCCCCUGCAUAGACUGGCUCCAUAGAUACCUGCAGCUGGGGAAGGCGACCCUGCUGCGCUCAGACCCCCCAAAGGCACAUGUGACCCAUCAUCCUGGACCUAAAGGUGAUGUCACCCUGAGGUGUUGGGCCAUGGGCUUCUAUCCUGCUGACAUCACCCUGACCUGGCAGAGGGAGGAGGAGGAACAGACUCAGGACAUGGAGCUGGUGGAGACCAGACCUUCUGGGGAUGGAACCUUCCAGAAGUGGGCAUCUCUGGUGGUGCCUUCUGGAGAGGAGCACAAAUACACAUGCCUUGUGUACCAUGAGGGGCUGUCUGAGCCCCUCACCCUGAAAUGGGAGCCUCCUCAGUCCACGGUCACCAUCAUGGCAGUCAUUGCUGGUCUGGUUCUCCUUGGAGCUGUGAUCAUUGUAGCUGUGGUAGCUGUUGUGAGGAAGAGGAGGAGAAACACAGGUGGAAAAGGAGGGAACUAUGCUCCAGCUUCAGCGUGAAGACAGCUGCCUGGUGUGGAUGGAGUGACAGAAGAUGUGUUCAGGUCUCUCCUGUGACAUGCAGAGCCUCCCAGUUCACUCUCAACAAUAGUACGUUGUAGAUGGCUGGGUUUGAACU